AUGUCGCCAAAGUUGCGUCUCCGUCAAAAGCUGCGACCAUCUCCAUCCUCUGGCCGGCCUCGUUUCCUGCAAGAAACUGCUUUUUCUGUUCCCUCGCUUCUCAGACCUCAUGGCAACACUUGUCGUUUGUCAGAACAGAUGCUGAGCUAUCCGUUUUGUAAGAAGAAGCCCAGCAUUCGGACGUUCUCUCUUGACGAGCCUCAACCUUCUCGUCUCGUCUCUUGCCCAAACCAGCGGCUAGCGUGCAGAGUAAAUGCUGAGACGUCCACACUUGGUUGA